AGGGCGGCGCCACCGGAAGCGCGGCGCGGGCUACUUCCGGCUGUGCGCGAGCCCCGAGCGGAGGCGAGCCCGCGAGCCUGCACCCCGACGAGACAAGAUGGCCGGGCUGCCCCGCAGGAUCAUCAAGGAAACCCAGCGCUUGCUGGCAGAGCCAGUCCCUGGGAUAAAAGCGGAGCCAGAUGAAAGCAACGCACGUUAUUUUCACGUGGUCAUUGCAGGUCCACAGGAUUCCCCCUUUGAGGGUGGGACAUUUAAACUUGAACUAUUCCUUCCAGAAGAAUAUCCAAUGGCAGCUCCUAAAGUACGUUUCAUGACCAAAAUUUAUCAUCCUAAUGUAGACAAGCUGGGAAGAAUAUGUUUAGAUAUUUUGAAAGAUAAAUGGUCCCCAGCUUUGCAGAUUCGUACAGUUCUGCUAUCAAUCCAGGCUUUGUUAAGCGCUCCCAACCCAGAUGAUCCACUAGCAAAUGAUGUAGCUGAGCAAUGGAAGACCAAUGAAGCCCAAGCCAUAGAAACAGCCAGAGCAUGGACUAGGCUAUAUGCCAUGAAUAAUAUUUAAAUGCGCUUUGAACAUCAAGUGUGCAUCACUUCUCCUGUUCUGCCAAGACCUCUUCCUUUUUUGUUUGCAUUUAAUGGACACAGUCUUAGAAACAUUACAGAAUAAAAGCCCAGACAUCUUCAGUCCUUUGGUGAUUAAAUGCACAUUAGCAAAUCUGUGUCUUGUCCUAAUUCACUAUUGUACCGCAUGAGCAGAGGCUAGAAGUAUCAUCUGGAUUGUUGUGAAAUUGUUUGAAAGCAGCAGCACAUCUCUGCUUUUAAUCAUUUUUCCCAUCAUGGUUUAAGUAUAAGCACUGUGAAUGAAGGUAGGCAGGGUUAGCUGCGGGGCUUCUUGUUUUAAUUUUGUGGGCUCCUCCUCCCUUUUUAUGGUGAUGCUAAUUGCAUUGGUAAAAGCAGCUAACCAGUUAUACUUUAGAAUAUACCCUCUAGCCCAGUCUAACUUAGACGCUGUAGAUGGACAAGCUUCAUUGUUUGAACAAAAAAUGGGAACAUUAAACAUCCAUCACCUUCACUAAUAAUAUUGUGAUUCUGCUGUCAAGUGUAGAAAAAUCCCUCCAAGAAAAAGCUUGUGACCAUUUUGUAUGGCUUGUCUGGAAAAUCUCCUGUAAAUCUUAUGUUUUAGUAAAAUAUUUUUUGUUAUUCUACUUUGCCUUUGUACAGUUUGUUUUGCUGUGUUUUCAUUUCUCUGUGACAGUCGUAUUUAAAAAAAUUGAAACCAGAGUUGACAGUUUGUCUUCAUCAGUCUGACGGGUUAAAACAGUAAAGAGGUGGAAUUCACAAGAUUAUUUUUUUUGCUUCCGUUUGCUGACUUUUUUUUUUUUUGCUUUUGUUAUGUGGGUGAUCUUACCUGGACAAUUUAAUAUGAAGUUGCAUUUGGAGUGAUUUUCAAACCCAAGUCUCUGAUGUAACCAUUGUAACCAUAAUUUUAGUAAUGCAUUGAUUUGCAUUUUCAUGGAAAUAACCAUAAUUAAGUAGGAGGUUGAGAGCAAAUGGCAGCACUAAUUAUGAGUAUCUGCAUAACUUCUCUUUGCUGAUUGCCAUCAGAUGUUAGGCUACACUGUUUUCUAACUUCUUUAAUUCCUGCCCUCUAUUAACAUGAAAUACCAGUGUGUAGAACCACUGUUACAGCCAGCUUGUGUAUUGACUGAUGUUUGCUUAACCACUUACAGCUAGCGCCUCAUACCACUGGUUUUCUCUUAUUAAACUACUUGCUUGAGCAACUGAUCUGCUUAAAUAGCAAAAAAGCUUUUUUAUCGGAGGAAAGGAAAGUGUUGAAAAACUUCCUUCUCAUCCUUGUUUUAUGUGUAUGCAUCUUGUCUGGGAGUCCAGCAUCUUUUCUGGGAACCCAUCUUACUGCUUCCCUUAAUUUCUUGUCUUCCCAUUCUUCUCCUUUCCCCAAGCCUUCUUCCUGACAAAAAAAAAAAAAAAAAAAAAAAGGCAAAAAAAAAAAGCUUAAAAGGUUUUGGUGAGGCUGACCUGAAGUGUAUAAAUGACAGCUUGUCGUGGUUGCAGUAGGGAGUGUUUUGUCAUGCCAUUCAGGGAUACGGUUGUGUAGUCUAUUGGUAUUCUCUCUCUUUCACCUCUUCUUAGUGUCAUCUGAAAUUUCUAUAGAAUGUGGUGUAUUUAUUGUGCUCUUAUGUAAGAUGAAGAAUAUCUAUUAAAACUAUGUUUUCCAACAGACAGUGCUUUCAGUGGUUGGCAACCGGCAUUGUCCCUCAAAGUAACGUGGUUGAAGCUCGGUUCAGAAUUCAACUUUUUCACCAGCCUGAGCUAUAAAACAAACCCAAACUGUUUUAAAAGUAGUUUCUGUGUUGAAUGUAAGCCAGAGUUGUAUUUAGGGCUUGUAACAAAUAGUUUGUUCUUCAGAGUGGUUAAGCACCAUUGACCCUGCCUUCUUGUGACAAAGGGGCAUGUGUCUGGGGUUACCUGGCAUACGUCCCCUCCGCGCUGGUAGCACGGGCAGCUCUCGUGGCAGGCAGCUGAGAGAGGAGAGUAUGUGAGCUGGGUGGUAGACCCUGGAUUAACUUCACUUACCUCUUAAAGCUUUACUUUACACUACAUACACAGCUUUCCUUGGCUCUGUCUGGUCCAAGGACAGGCAGCUCCCCCAGAGGACAGUCAGACCCACUCAAGCACCCCCUUUGGAGGUGGCUUUCCCUUCCUUCCAUAGAGAAACAGGCACUUACACAAUUUAACUUCAAACUAGGUGGGAUGAAUCCAGACCCAGGGUCAUUUAGCAGAUGGCUAGGUGUUUGUAUGUUCAGGGCUUAAAACUCAGCUAGAGUUGGCAGCCAGUUGGAGGAUAUAAUUAAAACAUCAAGUUCUCGAUGGAUAUGUUAAUAUAAUUAUAGAAAAAAAUCCUCUGCCUCCAUUUGCUGGUGGAUUAUAGAACUUGAAUACAUAGUAGCCAGUAUGCAUCUGGGUUCUUUUUUUAACUAUCAGCAAAUUUGAGAUUUCAUUAAAGAAGUCCAUGCUGUCUGAGUUUGAAUGUAUGAGUCCAUAGUGAUGGUAUAUAUGAAAUUAAUGGUGUAAAAGGAUAGGUAAAAUACUGUAUUUUAAAACUCUUCAAGUAUUUUCAAAUGAUAGUUGUAAUGAAGGAAACUUUAAAUGGGCUUCCUGAAAACUAAAAUUUGUUUGUGAGGCCUAUUCAGGCACGUUUUAAUGCUUUUACAGUUGAUGAUGUUAUUAAAUAAUAUGUAUUUAACUUUUAAACCUGAUUUAAGAACCCUGUAUAAACACAAGCUGGGAAUUUCAUUUUAUCUUAUGCUGAGGAAUGUGUGAAACUUUUAGGCUAAAUUCUUUGAAGCCAGUUAGAUAAAAUUUUGUCCUCAGUGAGCAGGUGUAUAUUCACAGCCAUUAUCUGAAACUCAGUUACUUCUGUUAAAUCUACCAUCACGGCAGGUUUGCAAAUGCAGCUAUCUCUUAGGGGGCAUUAGUUUCAUCUCCAUUUUUAGUGGAUGUCCGUUGGAUAAAUUUACUGUAAACUUAAAAUAAACAGGUUUUCUCUAGCGUUACUAGGGCUAUGUGUCAAAUGUGCUGAAAUCCUGAGCAAGAGUGGUGACGCUGCAUUUCAUGUUAGUGUCUGGAUGGUCACUGUAGCUGUUGAGCCUGGGUUAUCCCACGGGCUCUAAAACCACGCAUGCAGAAUACUUCUGCAGUAGUUGCCUUUGGAUCUAGAGGAUUUGGAAGGCUUUUGUUUUUGCAUACCAUUCAGUGGUGUUCUCUUAAUGUGUAGCCAUGUUCUGUCAUGGGUGUGAAGUUGUUAUCACUGGGAACUGAUGGAACAGGUGUUUUUUUUGUAUCUCAGCUGGCUUUAGUCUAAACCAAGUGAAAUGUUGCUUCUAUAGCUUUCAAGAAAGUGUAUUUUCAACACUUUGAGAUUAUUGUGAAACAUCUUAAUGGACUAGUAACAUCACAAAUUGUGACAUCUCAAUUUAUGUACGUUCCCUCUUGGGAUAUUUUUUUUUUUUGAGGGUUACUCUUAAAGUAAAAUGUCUGGUAGGUUUUGUCAAUAACAUGUCUUGACUGUAAUGUAAUAUGACACUGAAAUAAAAGGAAGAGUGAUUAUUCAUUA